AUGUCCUCUUCUAGCUCAACACCCAUCACACCACGUCACAUGCUCUCCCGACCAACAUGGUCCGUCCGAUCGCUCAUACCCGAAUCCUCCUCCAACAGUCAGAAGGAUGAGAUCAUCACGCCCUCUAAGCUGCACCAUCUCCUCCGACUGUGCGCCCUGCCGCUCCCAAAGUCCCCAUCCGACGAGCAGGCCAUGAUCUCGACGCUCCAGAGCCAGCUGCACUUUGUCCGGUCCGUUCAGCGCGUCGACACCACGGGCGUGGAACCCCUGCGCGCCGUGCGCGAUGAGACGGACCAGGCCACGCGCGAGGCCACUGUCGACAUGGACAGGCUGGGGGCCCUGCUGGAAGACGAGGUGCGCGUGGGGCACUACCAGCGGCCCAGGCGGCGGGUCGUCGACACGCGGGGGAAGAGGAAUGAGGCGGAGGAUUGGGAUGCACUGUCUACGGCUUCGAGGCGGGCCGGGAGGUUCUUCGUCGUCCAGAGUAGGAACAAGGGAGAGGAGGCACCGUAA